UGGAGGGCCAGACCAGGCCGGGCAUCACCAGACAUCUCACAGACGCCCGUGUUAGAAGCAGUCAUGCUUCAUGAGCGAGGCGACUUGCAAAACUCUGAAGAGCAAUGCUCCAAAUGCCGAAAGGGGGACGGGAUCUCAGCAGAGUGCGUCAAAAUGCCGGGCAUCUACAACGGCGCGUGCAGCAAUUGUCUGCUAGCACGGACAUCGAACCGGCCAGGAUCGUCAGGGAGGCCGAUACGGAGCUAUUCCGCCGAACGGCGGUCCAUCUCCGCGACAAUAUCACCUUCC